GACUCCUAGUUGCAUGGAACUCUCUAUCCAGAAACAAGUUAUCCAAGACAUUCAAUCAUUCUCUAUCGCUCAAUUAGCCUUUUAAAACACCCUUUCAUCACCAUGCAUCAUUAAUAAUUGUCUUUUUUUCAAAACCAUGGUUAGUUUGCCAUGGCUUCCCCAUCAUUUCCCCUUCCUUUGGCAGCAAUUUUAUUAUGCAUAUACUUUGUGCUACCCACUUUUGCAGAACUUCAGAGGCUCCAACAUCACCCAAAUCACGAUGGGUCCCUCAGCUUUCUAGUAGUUGGAGAUUGGGGUAGAAAAGGGCAAUAUAAUCAAUCCUUGGUUGCCGCACAGAUGGGAAUGAUGGGAUACAAAUUAGAUAUAGACUUUGUCGUAUCAACAGGAGACAAUUUUUACAAUAGUGGGAUAAAAGGUGUAAAUGAUCCAACAUUUCUGUUGUCUUUUUCCAACAUUUACACUGCUAAGAGCCUUAGGAAGCAAUGGUAUUCUGUUUUGGGAAACCAUGACUAUAGGGGUAAUGCACUGGCCCAAAUAAGUCCACUCUUGAGGAAAAUUGACAAGAGAUGGUUUUGCCAAAGAACAUUCAUUCUUAAUGCAGGAGUAGCUGAUUUUUUCUUCAUAGACACAACCCCGUUUAUAAGCGAUUAUUUCAACAAUACCAAUCAUCAUUAUGAUUGGCGAGGCCUGUUUCCAAGGCAAAAAUAUCUCGAAAAUCUUCUAAAGGAUCUUGAUGGGGCAUUAAUGAAAUCAACUGCAAGAUGGAAAAUCGUUGUGGGUCACCAUGCAAUUAGAAGUAUAGGGCAUCAUGGUGAUAGUCCAGAUCUAGUAAAGCACCUUGUCCCAAUACUUAAGGCCAACAAUGUUGACAUGUACAUGAAUGGGCAUGAUCACUGCCUUCAACAUAUAAGCAGCAUAGAUAGCCCACUUUUGUAUUUAACAAGUGGAGCAGGUUCAAAGGCAUGGAGAGGUGAUGUUAAAGAAAACCACUCUGAUCUUGUGAAAUUCUUUUAUGACGGUCAAGGUUUCAUGUCUGUUCAAAUGACUGAAACCGACACAAAUUUUGCCUUCUACAAUGUCUUUGGCGAGAACAUACACCAUUGGAGAGUGACAAAGUCGAUGGUGCAUUCUUCUGUAUGAAUAAAUAGUACUCAUGCAGAAGAAAAUCUGUACAUAAUUUUAUGUAGCCGUAUUUCUACAUAAAAUGUAUAUUGUUUACCUUUUUCAUGACUGA